AUGAGCGGGCCGCGAAAAAAAAGACGCGUGCUCGAUGAAGCGGAUGAAGCGGAAACAAACCUACAGUAUGCGAUUCGAGAGUCAUCCGCCGCGGUCCUAUCCAGUCCCUCGCGACGCAAUUCCGUCGUUCUCUCAGAAGGCACCCUCGACGAUAUCGACGAUCUUACCACGCCGCCAUCCUCCCCGCCACCACGAUUAACACCUCCUCCAGCAAAUACGCGCAAACCAACCUUUGCUUUCCUCAAGCGCAAACAUAACAAGGACGCGCCCGCCGGUUCCCCCUUGACCGAAGUCAACUCCAAUAGCGUACGCUCCUCCUCCGAUGUCGACGCACCAAAGCACAAAGCCGCCGCAACGCAGCACCAACCGCAGCAAAAACAACCAGCCCUGCGCCAAAUGCAAAUCGACUUGGGACAUGAGGUACGAAAGACUUGUGUGACCUGCGGAAUGGAGUACAUCCCCUCGAACACGGAAGAUGCGGCGCUGCAUAAGAAGUUCCACGAGAUGAAUUCGACGGGGGUAGACCUGGGCAAGGCCUUCAUGCGCGCGAAUGCGUCACGCUGGGUCUACGAAGCGACGCGUUUCGACGAGGGCUAUGUAGUGAUCGUUGAUCGAAAGUCCUCGUCCAGUGCCAAGAACCAAGCCAAGCGCGUAUUAGAGGUCGUGAACAAGGAACUCUCAUCCCCCGAGAUCAGCGACGAAAUCCUCUGGAGUCAAGCCGAGCCCCCAAAAGACGCGCCGCACGAAGAAGACAAGGUUGAUCGGUACCGGGUGUUUCUCCAUAUGAAGGAUAGCCGGUGCGUGGGGCUCGCGCUGACGGAGCGCAUUUGGGAGUCGCGACCGGUCGUACAGGGCGAGACGAACGGCGCCACCGUGAAGGAUUCGGCCGUCUCGGUGCGUGACGAGGUACAUCCGGCCAUUGUGGGUGUGUCGCGGAUCUGGACCUCCGGAGCUUCGCGGAGGAAAGGUAUCGCGCUGGAUCUACUGGAUUGCGUGGUCAGCAAUUACAUUUACGGCAUGGAGAUCUCUAAGGCUGAGAUCGCCUUUAGCCAGCCCACUGAGAGUGGCAAGCGAUUGGCUCAUAAGUUCUUUGAGGAGGAAGAGACAUGGCAUGUGUAUAACGAGAGGUGA